AAGAAGAUAUAAGCAAAAAAAUGGACAAAGAUGAAGAGGCUUUAAAGGCAGCUCAGGCAGAACUCAAGGAGGCCCGACGCCAGUGGCACCACUUGCAAGUGGAGAUUGAGUCGCUGCAUGCUGUGGAAAGGGGCCUUGAGAACUCCCUGCACGCCAGCGAGCAGCACUACCAGACGCAGCUGCAAGACCUAGAGGCGGUGAUUGACCGGCUGGAGAAGGAGCUGCAGGAAGUGCGGCGCGGCAUCGAGCGGCAGCUGCAGGAGCACGAGAUGCUCCUCAACACCAAGAUGAGGCUGGAGCAGGAAAUAGCAACUUAUCGCCGCCUCCUAGAAAAGGAGGAAAUCAGAUACUAUGGCUGUAUCCAAGGUGGGAAAAAAGACCCAAAACCUACCACAAGUAGAGUUGGUUUUGUUUUGCCUUCAGCCAUUAUAAAUGAAAUAUCUUUUUCAACCAAAGUCUCACAAAAGUGUGAGAAUGAAAAAGUGGAAACAGUGACCAAACAGGCAAUAUUAAACGGAAACAUCAUGAGGGAGAGCACUGAAACUCAUGGCACUAUUCAGUAAGUAAAGUAACUCUGACUAAGAAUUA